AUGAAAAAGAGAAAAAUCGCGCGCGUUGUCCCCUUCGGCGAGUUCACGCCGCCGGACAUUUGGCCUCCUUUCGCUGUGACGGAGGUUGACAACGCAAAGAUGGUUGGCUGGAUCCCAACGCCGCACGUGGAGGCGCGGACGACGCAGCGAGGCGCCGUGGUCCAGCGGCCAGAGGUGGAGGAUGAGCAUGUGCCGUGGUCGGAGGCGGCGCCAGGAUACUCGCCGCACACGACCGAGUUCCCGUUUGCUUGGAAAACAGGCGAGCAAGGCUCGGACUGGACGGCGGCUCUGCAGAAGUCGUUUCAACCAGGCGGCACCGGUGCGGUUCGCCUCAACCCUGGUGGGCGGACCGGUCUCGUCGGGGGGUGGAGCGCAAACGCGCGUGCGGGCGCGAACCAGGCGGUGGACCCCAUCAUCACCCGCUUCAAGCCGGGCUCAAAGGAGACGCUGCAGCUUCUCGCCAGUCUGCGGCGCGAAUGCAACGCGUGGGCUUUGCCCGGUGCGAUGGUGAGGUACGGCGAGAGCGACGAAACUGCCAUGCGACGAGGGCUGGCAGAGAAGGGCGUGAGCAGAGAGAUUUCGGAUCUCAUCCUGCCUCCCUCGCCGCCGGUCGCUGUCGCUGCCACCCAGGCCACCGCGAAGCCUUCCACUGUCACCACCCAGGCCAUCGCGAAGCCUUCCACUGGCUACACCGACGAUUCGCGCAACUCCGACGACGCGUGGAUCGAGACCACGGUGUACAGGUUCCACCUCGACGGGCACAGCGAAACCAACAUCAGCUCUCCCGGCGUCAAAUGGGUCGACAUCUCUGAACUCGGGGUGGCCGCCACCCGGCACAUCUUCUCGCCGCACCGCAUCUGGGUGAACCGGGUGGCGGACGAGAUUCUCAAGGCGCCGACGCUAGAGAAGGAAAUGCGCGCCGUGACCCUCCGGCUCCUCUUCCGGCCCUUGACGCUCAGCCUCGGGGCGGUGCGGUUCGUGGGCGUGGGCGCGCUUGGCUGCGGCGAGGAGCAUAGCAAAGCGCAGGCCAUCGCGAGCGCAGCCAUUUCGAGCGUGACGCAUGUCGAGCUGCGGCUGUGUGGGCCAGGUUUCUGCAGCCUGCGCUCCGAGGUAAUCGCGCAGGUGCAGGCGGUGCAGUCUGAGGGGGUCGAGUGGGUGCGCUGCCGCUGCGCGCCUUUUGCGCCAGUCGUGGUCGGAUGGGAGUCGCGCAGUCGCCUGAGCAUACCGCAAGACGCGACGCACCAGGCGUUUGUCUACGGGCCGCUAGACGAGAUUACGGUCAAGGACGGGAACCGUGACCCGCAGACCGAGCCUUUUGUGCGGCUGCUGGUGAACGGCGGCUUCGUGUACGUCGACUGCGAGGGGCAGGAGGCGAAGGUGGUGGGUGUGACGUACGUCGACGCGCCUGACGUCAACGCCAAGGACCUCUACUCGAAGAACCACGCCGUCGAGUUCAAGGGCCCGCACCGGAUGGAGGAGAGGUUCCGACGCUGUCACGCGGAGAAGGGGCAUUGGACGCCGGUGACGCUCUCCUUCCUCCGCGACGCGGGCGUGGGGUCAUUCAUGUGGCUCAACCCCGGCGAGAGUGCAGGCACCCACCCCAUCAAGCUUGGCGCCUUUGCCUACUCCUCGGCCGCCGCAGACGACGACAGCAGUGCCAGCGCGGUCUACUAUAUUCUCAAGUCGGAGGACGACUUGCGCGGGGCGAGCGCGCGGGUGGACCUCGACUCCGCCGGCGUCAAGUUGCCAGUCGAGGACGACCGGCUGCUCCCGGAGGAGCUGGUGGAGUCGCAGCUCACGAAACACAAGGCCGCGGCUGCGCCCUCUCGCACGGGGAUUCUCUCUCGCAGCUUCUCCCUGGCGGAGCUGUCACCCAGAGCCGCUGGGGAAAUCAACCGCCUCGACGUCCCUGCCGACAGCAGCUCGCUGACGCCUCUCAUGAUGGCUGCGAAGCUCGGUCACUGCGACGUGGUGCGCACGCUGCUGCGGCGAGGCGCCUCUCCCAUGGCCCGGGCCCAGGACGGCUCCACCGCGAUCGACUUCGCGUUGCACGACGACGAGCUCUCCGUCGAGCAGCUGCUACACAAGCUCGACGCCGCCAUCGCCCUGGUGCCGGCGCUCUUCCGCCACUCUGCCGGCGAGGCCUUGUGCUACGUCACCAUGAUCGCGGCGCGCGCGCACAUCGUGCGCGAGCGGCGCGAGCGCAGCAGCCCCGCAGAUGCCAACCAGCUUCAAGGGAGGGCGGACCGCGCAGAGCUCCUCGGGAUCGAGCUCUUCAAGACGCUCUCUGUGGUGCAGCGCACGAUUCUCCUCGAGCGCGAGCCGUGCAGGGCGACCACGAUCCCCGAGGUCAGCAAGGCGAAGGUGGGGCGACCCCGCGGCUUUGUGGCCCGCGCCGUUAACACGCCGUGCCAAAAGACGCUUCUGGGCGACCCGACCGUGCAGGCCGCUGUCAACUUCCGCUGGUACGGCCCGCUGAUCGAUUCCGUUCUCAACGGCUACGUCGUCACGCCAAACGGCAACGAGGAGCGGGUCGAAACCUUCUCCUCUAACGACCUCGUCAAGAAGGGCGAGCUCUUCGGGAUCGGCCUCGCCCUCUGCUCGAAGCUGGCCCCCGCGUACAACACACAGAUGCUAUCCUUUGGCCUGCUCCUCAUGUGGCUCUCGUGGUUCAUGCGCAUCUUCUCGCUCUGCGGGCUGGGCACCCUGACUGUGAUGCUCGAGAAGAUGCUCUCCGACACGGUCCAGUUCCUGGUCUUCAUGGUGGGCUGCGCCGUCGCCUUUGCCGCCGCGCUGCACCAGCUCUUCCCUGUCAGAGACGUCCUGGAGGUCGAGGGCUGCGAGCCGUUCGGUGACUUUAGCCAGGGGAUUCUGUCGACGCUCAAGCGGCUACUCAAGGUCGCCAUCGACCCGGCAGAGAGCAUCGAUUGUGCGGGGUUGAUUGCGGGGGCGCAGUUUCACUUCACGGCGCCGUUUAUCGUGAGCGUGUAUGUCACCCUGUCAGUGAUAUUGCUCCUCAAUAUGCUAAUCGCAAUCAUGGCCAAGACGUUCGACAACGUGUGGGACAAGGCAGACGACGAGAAUCGGUACCUCAAAGCCCAGCUCGCGGUGCAGUAUUUUGGCGAAACGUACUUUACGCCGCCACCUCCCUUCAACCUACUGCGUCUGCCUUUCAGCACCCUCAGCACCCUCGUCGACCCCGGCGCGCCUGAGCUGCUGAGGAGGCUCUGGGCCAGGACCAGAGGGGCGUGCGAGCUCAUUGGCUCCUUUUGCGUCGGCGCCGGCAGGUGGCUCCUGUGGUUCAUCUGCCUGCCUCGCCUGGCGGUGUGGGUCCUUCAACGUGCAUGGGCCCACCCAUACCCGAACCAUGCUCCGGAGGAGGGUCUGCUUUCGAGCGAGGGGGAGUCGACCGACAGGUACGGUCUCGACCCUUCGAACGUGCGCUACGUGGACGGGGUCGGCCAGCUGUGGUCGGAGCGGAACACGGUCGAGAUGCUGAUCAAGCUCGAGGAGGAGAUCGAGAGGAAGCAGGCGGAGAUUCAGAAGCAGCACGAGGAGGGCGGAGGCAGGUAG